GUGCACUCUGACUCUGACAUUCCUCUCACGUGCAGCGGUUCCGGCAGCUUCCGACGUUUCGACACCGUCGACUGCGACUUCCGAAUGAACUUGACUACAGUGGCUCCACCUAUCGCGGACUGGACGGGUGUGACGCCUCCAACGGAGGACAACAUCCCGCCGCAGCCCCUCAGGCCGGCGCCGGUGCCUGGAGUGACGCCUUCAACAACCGUCUCCGCAAGUGCUGGAGGUGUUUCGGGACAUCCUACUACUAGGAGGUCAGUGAGUUGCACGAACGGUGUAGACCACACGCGCCAGUCAGAAACCUCAGCCGCAGAAAAAACGAGCAUUUGUCCGAUUCCCAGGCCGGUGUCGUCCAUCAACGUGGCUACUUUAUUGUCGCAGUCGUCGUUUCCGGUGUGUCUGACGCCGCCCCCCAGUCCUGCUGCCCCUCCUCCUACGCCUGCAGCGACAGCCAUUGCGACGCCGGGGCCGUUGACAGCUGUCGCGCCGCCCCUGAAGCUGGCUGGGGUCUAUGUGCAACCGAAGCAACAGGUAUGCUCCUAG